CGACUUUUGAAGUUCUAUAAUCACGGCUCUGUACCACUCCCCCGUUCUCUGUGUGCGCGACCUACGAAACGAUGGCUCCCCCGCAAUUCUACGAUCCUGCGUCUCCUGAUGAACAGCCGGUCGCGCUGCCGUCGGCACCCGCAGUAGCUCUGGCAGAGGGCAUCAUCAUCCAGCCUCCGCUCACACGGCGCGGGACUGGACCGGGCUUGAUCGUCUUUGUCCCGCCCGAAUCCUCUCUUGACCUGUCCAAUAAAACGGGUGAUGAGAAACCGCUGGAUCCACCCCCGGUACAGAAGUGGGCGGAGGAAGGAUUCGCUGUCGUCGGAAUUACCACUGGGCACGUGGAUAUCGUGGAAUGCUUGAAGAAGGCUGUCGAUGGGUUGCUGGCACUUGAAGAAUUGGACACGAGGGAGAAGUUCGCAGUGGCAGGUGCGGAUCCUCUCUCGCUUCUCUGUCUCAAAAUAUCUCAUCGCAAGUCACCAGUAUAUGAUCCUGCCGCGCUCGACGAGAUCGUCCUCGCGCUGUCCUCCGAUUCCCGAUUUGCCUGCCUCGUCGUCUAUGGGUCAUGUCCCUCAGGGACGGUGCCGAUUCCAACCCUCGCUCUCGUGCCUUGCGGGUCUUCAGUCACAUCGAAGACUUCUUUGAGUGUGUUCAAGGUCGACUCCGGCGCGCCCCAUUUCAGUCUCCCCCAAUCGAACGAAUUCGAAUCCAGCUCGGCCUCGAUCGCGCAUAGCAAAGCAGCAGUGCACAUCAAGAAAUAUCUCAGAGGACCAUACUUUGAUCUUGAAGCUAUCUGGGAAGAGCACACCUACUUCGAAUUCGAGGUCCGCAGUGUGGCGAAAACGAUGGGCACGAUGGUCGCAGAACCGUAUGUGAACCACGUCCCAACGCUGGCCGGGGGCGUCGGUCGCAAGAAUUUGACUGCGUUCUAUCGCGACCAUUUUGUGUUCAACAACCCAGACGACACGCGGCUGCAGACCAUAUCUCGGACCGUUGGGACGGAUCGAGUCGUUGAUGAAUUCGUCUUCCACGCGACACACAACAAGCAAAUCGAUUGGCUGCUGCCCGGAGUGCCUCCUACGGGCAAGAAAUUGGCCAUCCCGAUGAUGGGGGUGAUCAAUAUCCGAGGCGACAGGCUCUAUCACGAGCACAUCUGGUGGGACCAGGGCACGGCCUGCUUGCAGGCGGGCAUCAUACCGACGCACGUGCCGUUCGAGGGAAAGACGCUCAGACUGCCUAUUGCGGGUGUCGAGUCUGCGACGCUUUUGUGCGACGAGCGGUCGGUGCCCGCCAACGAGAUGCUUGGCCCAGCAUAUGGUAUUGUGUGAUCUUGUUAGCCUUGGAAAGUACAAGAGGAAAUUCGAGGACGCGGGCCGAGCCUGGUCGUCGCGGACAAUGUAUAUUGAAUACGACAUCAGACUAACGUGGAACAUUCAAAUGGGAUCCGUAAGAUAUCUACAGUACACGGUGUUAUGAAUAAGUGGUCUACACAGCUACAAAUGAAAACAAGACAGCAAGGACAAAAAUAUCCAACACUAGACUACAAAACCGCAUCCGAAUGGGCAAUGGGACACAAGAAAGAAAACAGGACGAAACAGGCGAGUAUCCAGGAUAUUCACCAGGUCCCGCUUCAUCGCCCCGGCGCCUGCUCCGGUCUCAGGACGUCCAGGAACUGCGUCCAUUCGCCAUGGUUGAAGCCCAUCGCGGCACCCCA